GGAGAAGUCCGUUUGUGGCCAUCUGCUGUGAAUUCUGUUUCUUUGCUUAAAAGAUAAGCGAGUAAAGCAGGAAUGGGAGCCAUUGUGCCCACCAGUUAUGGGGUGCCCGCUGUGGCCGGGAGCUGGGCUGGAGGCUUCAGCGACCUGACCUCUGAUCCUUCCAACACUGCUCGUCACUGGCAUGGAAACAUGGUGGAAUGGUGCUUACCCCAAGAUAUUGACCUUGAAGGUGUUGAGUUCAAGUCUAUGGCCAGUGGGUCCCAUAAAAUUCAGUCUGACUUCAUCUAUUUCCGGAAGGGGCCCUUCUUCGGCUUGGCCUGCUUCGCCAACAUGCCUGUGGAGAGUGAGCUGGAGCGUGGCGCCCGGAUGAAGUCCGUGGGCAUCCUGUCUCCGUCCUACACCCUGCUUUACCGGUACAUGCACUUCCUGGAGAACCAGGUUCGACACCAGCUGGAGACGCCGGGCCAUUACUCCCAUCUGGCUGCGUUCUAUGAGGACAAAAAAGGGGUGCUCCACGCCGGGCCGGGGAGAGGCGGCAGCCUGCCCCCUGUCUACUGGCUGCCUUCCAUCCACCGAUACAUGUACCCCGAGAUGAAGAUCACGCACCCAGCUGGCUGCAUGUCUCAGUUUAUCAAGUUCUUUGGAGAACAGAUCCUCAUCCUUUGGAAAUUCGCCUUACUUCGAAAACGCAUUUUGAUAUUUUCUCCCCCUCCUGUGGGUGUCGUGUGCUACAGAGUGUACUGCUGCUGCUGUCUGGCCAACGUCUCCCUGCCUGGCAUCGGGGGCACCAUUCCCGAGUCCAAGCCUUUCUUCUAUGUGAACGUGGCUGACAUCGAGAGCCUGGAGGUAGAGGUGUCCUAUGUGGCCUGCACCACGGAGAAGAUUUUCGAGGAGAAGCGGGAGCUGUACGACGUCUACGUGGACAACCAGAACGUGAAGACGCACCACGACCACCUGCAGCCUUUGCUGAAGAUCAACAGCGCCGACCGCGAGAAAUACCGGCGGCUCAACGAGCAGAGGCAGAUGCUGCUGUACUCCCAGGAGGUGGAGGAAGACUACAACCCUUGUGAGGAGGACCUCUUUGUGCUGUUUUUCUUAGAGCAAAACAACCGGAUAUUUCAGACUUUGCUGGAGGUGUCUGCCAGUCAAGAUAAAACUCUGACCGCUGAGCAUGCCCGCGGCAUGGGUCUAGACCCCCAGGGAGACCGGAGCUUUCUGAUGGACCUGCUGGAGGCCUACGGCAUCGACGUCAUGUUGGUCAUCGACAACCCCUGUUGCCCAUAGGAAGAGUGAGCCAAGGCUGGUGAGCCUCCCUCACGUGGGGAUAUCACAACGGGCCCCAGAAGACCUCAUUUUUUAUUAACUUGACACAAAGGAUUAUGGUUUCUACUUUCCAACAAAUGUGAUUUUUGCAGUCUCCUUUCUUCGCUUCCUCCCUAGUGGUAAGACGAGAUCAUCUCGGUUUUAUGUCCUGCUUAGGUACAAUGCCGGGAUCCACCACGUUCUCCCAGAGCAGUCUCUCAUCUCCUUGUUGAGUGACUUUGAGGGGAUGUGCUGAAGGCCGUCUGUCACCAGCAGUGGGCCGAGCUCUGGAAACACUGGGGAGGACUAUUCAGAAAGUCUCUGUGGUUUUCAUCCCUUGAGGUACUGGAGAAUGAGAGCGCUGUCCCCGGACAGCUGUGGACGUGUAUCUCCUGGAGGUGGAAGCUAGACCUCAUGACCCUUCGCAGUUUUUCUCCAUUCCGGGGGUCCAGUGUUAGGAUCAAAUCUCUUUCCCUGUUCACUGGGGCAAAUCUGAGUCUUGUCUGGUCAUGUGAGUAGAGACCUCAAAGAGGAACAAAAGGAUGUUUCUGUCACUAAGGAGAGCUUCUCUAAGGACAGAAUGACAGGAAGAGGUUUCUUACCAGCCAGCUGGAAAGUAAAAUCGUAGAAUGAAGCCUGAAGCUUUCCGCAGAGGAAAUUGGUGGUGGUGGUACUUCCUCCUUUCCCCGAGUCCCCCUCUAGGGACAUCCCUAGACUCCCCUCUAGGGAUGGCCCUGGACCUUGCAAGCAAAUUCAUUAUACAAUGUAGUUUCUUUGAAGGGCUAAGCAUCCUUUUGGGGUAAUUAAGGUAUUUUUAAAGGGUACUGUUUGUUACCAGGAAAGGCAGAGCAGUUGGGGUUCAAACAGGAUAGAGAAGACGUUUCUCCAUCUGAGAGUUCUCUGGACACAUCAUAGCAGAGCCUUUAGAUCAAGACAGAGAUUGACUGGAUUCUGUAAUCAAACAAGGAUCUGAGCUGGUCACUCUGACGUUGGAGCAAGACUUUGUACCCGUUUGGAGCCCCUCACAAAUUUCUCUUCCACAGAGAUGCCAUUCCUUGAGCUAAGUAGUUGGGGCCAGAGACUACACAUGUGUCAAGAGUGAAUUUGAUAGUGCCUUCACCUGGGGAAGUGGUUGGAGCCCCUGAGUGUCCGUGAUGAGUUCACUGCAUCCCCCUGACACGUUCUGGUCUGAAGUGACUCCCGUCAGUCCCUGCCUCUUCUCCCCAGCCGGGCAUCCCAGGGAUGCCAGCUUCAAGGAGACAGUGGUUGUUUUGAAGGCAGCUCUCAUGGGUAGAGUUUAGGUCUUUUUGGCCAUAGGAUUUUGACUUGGGCUUGUGGGUUGCUGGUGACAGUUUCUUCCCUUUCACCCUUCUUGGCUGGCUGUGUCAUUGGCCUAGCCGUCCACGUGUCCACGUCUGUGACCAGCAACCACCCAGGCUAAUACACAUGGCAGAGAAAGAACUUUCGAAUGGAUGGAUCACACGUCUCAAGACUAGCUUUUUAGGGCUCAUUGCUUUAUUCAGAGACAUUUUCACUGUAGCUCAUUGAUACGGGACUCAAGACUAAAGAAAUUCACAUGUACAAAUGCAAAUACGUACUGGGUAAUCAAAGUAGCAUCUUUUAUGUAAAUAUAUCAAUAAGUUUGGGCGUUGAAGUGUGAACUGUGCCGCUAACACUCUUCUCUCCUCUGCAGUGUGGGUUUAGCCAUCAUUUCAGUAACGUCCAUGUUUACAAAAGCAGCUUCGCCGCCUCUCUCCUUUAAGAGCAGCCUUCUCUUGUCUCUGGAAGGAGCGGACUUUCCGACCUGCGUCGAAUAACAGUUACUUUUUGUGGUGUCUGAAUGCUCAAGGUUUUCAAAGUUAGGGGGUGGUGUGUCAGAAGCAGGGCUAGGGGUGACAGGAAAGGUCGGGUUCUCUCAGUGGACAUGGGUCCUCUUUCUCGGGACCUGAGGGCUUUGUUGGAAGCCGUCUUUGAGCACGUCGGCGCCCAUGCCCUCCUGCAGGCAGACACCUUGUGUUUCUGUGGCUUUGUGACUUGAUGCUCACAGGUGUUCAUGUAAAGGUCAUAAGGUGAAAAUGAGGUUCUGGUAUUUUCCUUUGAAUGCUGGGUGGGGCUCUGGGCUCCGUGCAGCUCCACACCCUUCCAGGUGGCCAUGGGGCCUCUGUGCGGUCCCCUCACACCCAGGCAGGGGGCAGAAUGGAUGCCGAGGGGAGUGCACAAGCAAGCCUGGGCCCAGCUGACCCCGAAACAGAACUCCCCCCCCUCCCCACCCUGUAUCCCUUCUGAGAGAGAACGCAAGGACUCGGUCCUUCCCUUGCAGCUUGCUUCCGGGCCGAAGUCCGACGCCGCACCCCCGCCGGCUGGCCGAGCAGCAUGCCCGGUGGUCACUGUUCCCAUCCCCCGAGUGUCUCUUGCCUGGACUGUGGUAGGAGGUCACCCUUGGGCAUUGUUCCUGACUCUGCUUCCUUCCCCACCCCCCGCCUUCUCCCCACUUGUGCAGUUAGCAGCCCUACCCAGCGGCCUUUGCCGCCCCUCUGCUAAGGGGGGAGCAGGGGGGUGAGGUGCCUGGCGGGACACCCCGUGGUGAAAGCAGGAGCUAGAAGCCACAUGGACUUGCUUUUCUGCCGUUGUUGAACAGUUCCCUUAAAACCUUUCUGCUUUAUGUUCGGAAGACAUGGUCAGCAGUCUUCUUUCCUGCCUCGUAGGUCCGUAGGGGCAGGGAUUCCUGAAACAGGGCUGGAAGCCGAGGGAGGAGGAGCUUGACUCAUGGUCGCCUUCUACUCUGUCAACUGUUGAACCCCAUCCCCCCCCAACCCUUACCCGCUUUGGCUUGGUCCUUCCGAGACCUUGAAGCCUGAUCCGAUGCCGUGCUGUGAGCCACGUGCUCACCUGGAAACACGGCUGACCUGAGACAUCUGGGUUGCUGUCAUUCCUGAGUCGAGUCUGACCAAAGCCAGGUGGCAAGAUGCCUUAUGGGGCCAGGAAUCUGGGUUUAGGGUUUACUGAUGUCUAGCAAAAUGUGACAGAGGCCUAUUAAAGUGGGUUUUUUUUCCCCAAUUCUGCAGGCUUGGCAGAUGGUAAUAUUCAGCCUUGGAGAACAUGUCCAGUUGUGCUCUGGCUUAGGAGUCUCCUCAGGAGUCAGAAACGGCAGGAUUUCUCUCUUACAAGAAACUAAAAUGUGCGCCAAUUAGUUUAGCAUCAGCGAUGGCUUUCAUCGGUGGGAAGCACUGCUUGGGCCUGGUGUAGAUCUGUCCAGGGCGCCACCUGGGGCCUCGUCCAGCCCUCGGUCAGGACAGCCGUGAACUAGAAGGCACCCGCCCCCCACAGCUGCCGCCCAGCAUGGCAGCUCUUCCAUUUGGCUCCUGGUGCUGAAUUCAUGGGUCGUGAUCGAAACCACUGAGCCCAGAAUUUGCAUCUCGGACUUACCUUGUUUUGUUCCCCAUGAACAUCAAGAUGGGAAUUUUCAGAGUAGCACAGGGCACAGACCUGUAACUACCUGGAACUUUAGUGAGAAGAUAAAGAGAAGCCUAGCUGGGUUGGUUUUCAUUCUGGUGGCUAGGAGGAUGAACUUGCUCUUUGUCUUGAUACACUGAAAGCCCUUCCGAUACAAUAAAAAGAUGACAUUAUUCGGGGCCCUUAGGAACCUUCUGUAAAGGGCAGUGAUGAAUUAAAUUCUUAGUGGUAGGACAGCAGCCCUCUGGGAAGAGGCAGGGACCUCAGGGACCUUUUUUUUUUUUUUUCUCUUUUUCUUUU